GGGGCCAGGCCAUGGCGCAAGAAUGGCCGAAUGGCACUGGGCAUGGCGUGGCGCAAGCGGCCGCAUUGACAAAACGCCGCAGCACCGCAAUUUUGGCGUCCCAGUUGCCAUGUGGGGGAGCCGAGCCGAGGCCGGGUGGGAGUGGGAGGCUGCCCCCUACACCAGCAGUCGCCGCGCCGCGCACCACCACAGCCUCCAUCUAUCCCCUCCCUCUCGCGGUCUCGCCAGCUGCUGCUCCCUUCCUCCUCUUCUUCUUCCUCCUCCUCUUCUUGGAGUUGGACCUUCCUCUUCCCCUCGUUGAUCGAUCACCGUCGCCAAUUCGCCACCCCCUCCGAAACAAGACAAGAUUGGGUGGGUCUUGGGCCCCUGUCCGUAGCUGCAUUGCCGAAUUGAGGCGCCGAUUUGGGAGACGACUGCUGCGCUGCGCUGCGCUGCCCUGCCCUGCCCUGCAUUGAUGAAUGCCGGAGGCUACAGCACUCACUGAUUUAGGGGUAGGUCAAAGGAUUCGAUGUCACGCGCACCCGGAUGUCAUUGCCGAUCGCCCUUGUAGUCGGCAUUGCCGCCGGUGGCGCCACCUUGCUCGCGGCGGCGGCCGUGCUGCUCGCGCUCUGGUGCGCUGCGCGGCGGAGGGCGCGGCGUAACCGCAACUCCGACACCGGCUCCUCCGACCCCUCAACGCUAGUGGAGUGGGGAAAGGGGGGCAGGAGCUCGUUGGCACCGGAGCCGGAGCAUCAGGUUGCGAGGCAAUUCUCGCUCGAGGACCUGGUGCAGGCCACCAAGAACUUCAGCGACGCGAACAUCGUCGGCGCCGGGAGCUUCGGGUUGGUGUACAUGGGCCUGCUUCUCGAUGGCACUGUUGUCGCGAUCAAGAGGCGCGUGGGGGCAGCAACGCAGGUGUUUGCUGAUGAGGUUAGGUGGCUUUCAGAGAUUCGUCACCGAAACAUCGUAACUCUCAUUGGUUACUGUCAAGAAGGGGGUCUACAAAUGCUGGUGUAUGAGUACCUGCCCAAUGGCAGUGUCUGUGGCCAUCUGUAUGAUACCAGGAAAGGCUCCGCAACACGGCUUGAGUUCAAACAAAGGCUCUCAAUAGCCAUUGGAGCAGCUAAAGGUUUGAAUCAUCUACACAGUCUUGAUCCUCCUUUGAUACACAAAGACUUCAAGACAAACAAUGUGCUGGUUGAUGAAAAUUUCAUUGCAAAGGUGGCUGAUGCUGGACUUGUUAGGUUAAUUAGAGGAUCUGACGAUGCUGGCCCAUCACAUGGGUUUAGUAACAGUGUUUACCAAGAUCCAGAGGUACAAUCGAUGACUCAGUUCUCUGAAAGCAGCGAUGUGUACAGCUUUGGAGUUUUCCUUUUGGAGCUAAUUACUGGCAGGGAAGCGGCGUCCUUGAUACCUACAGAUUCCAGAGAAUAUCUGGCCCACUGGAUGGAAGCGCAUUUCAGUUCAAAUGAACUGAUUGACCCAAGAUUAGCCGGCAACUUCACUGCAGAAGGUAUGAAGGAGCUUGUCGGCCUGGCCUUUCAAUGCUUGAACCCAUCAUCGAGACGCCGACCAAGGAUGAGGCUAGUCGCGACCGAACUAGACCGGAUUCUGGAGACGGAGAUGUCCAUGACAACAUUCAUGGGCGACGGAACCGCCAUCGUCACGCUCGGGAGCCAAUUGUUCACGUCAUGAAGCGACGUGGGACUGAUUUCAUGUCUGCUAUUUGAUGACAUGAUGAUUGCGUGUAAGAGCCUAACAACAGCUGUUGUUUCUGCCAAGCUGUCCAGGCUCUGCAUUGCUGUGAAAUGCCAUGUAUGGUUAUUUUUUAAGCUUGUCAUGGUUGAUAUAGUUUGGUAGGAGUGAGAAGAAAUAGAGCUGUAUGUAUCUCUCUUUUUCUUCUUUUCGUUGCAUGGGAGAAGAAUUGUAUGUAAUUUUUUUAGAUUGUUCAGUGUCCUUAAAUGUAUUUGCAGAUUGUUCAUUGCCUUCGGUGUUUUAAUCUCUGAGAGGGCUAACUUGUGCCAAGUUCUUCCUGCUGAUUUUUAUAUCAGCACGUGGAAA